CAGAAAGCCCCGAGCGGCUGGCCGUGCAAACUGUUGCUCGUCGGUGUGUGUUGUGUUGUGCUUGUGCUGGUGUUUGUGCUGGUGUUUGUGUUGCUGAUGGUGUACCAGUGGCAGUAUCGGUGUGCUGGUGGCAUUGUUGCUGUUAAACAAUUAGCCAAGUUGCUAUAACAGACCGAAUUAUCCGACAAAUUUGAUGAAAAUGGUAAACAUUAAACUGUAAUGCGGCACGCGGAGUAAAACAGUCGUGAAAUGGCCCAGCAACAGCGCAGCUGGGAUGAGGGAGCUGUCGGUGGAGGAUCCUAUGGCCACCCGCACUCCUCGCACCACAAAGUACCUGCCCGAGCUGCCAGCAAUCCGCUGCCCUGCAAAGGAGCCACUCCCAAGCUGCCCAGGCAAUACCAUGGAGGACCGACGUCGGGUUACAACUAUGGGGGAUACGAUACCCCGAGGAGUCCCAAGAUCACCACCACCUUUGCCCAAGACAGCUGUGAUGAUGUCAGUAGCUCCACGCCCAGCUCCUAUUAUCAGACGCCUCCUUCGGGUUCCAUAGAUGAUUCGGCCUCCCUGCUCAGCGGACGCACCACGGCACGCAGUCCGAAGUCCCAGUGCCAGUUUGUCUUUGAUGCCGUGAGUCCCAGUCACGGCAGGAAGUUCGAGUACUACGAACCGAUCUCACCGGACGACGGAGCCCUGUACUACGAUCCGCCCAGCUCGCCACGUCGACAGGGUUCCAAGAAGCUAAUGAGGACAAAGACCCCACUGGAUCCAGUUCCCCAGUUGACCACAACCGGCGUGGAUGAGAGCAUGGCGGUGGCUAUGGCCAUGGACAGAGCGGGAGAUGGAGGAUACGCCCAAGCGGGACCGAGCAAGAGGCAGCGGGAUGAGUGGGAGCUACCGGUGAUCAGCAAGAUCGAGGCCAGAAAUCUCAGUGCGGCUGCGGGAGCAGGAUCGGGAUCGGCUGGAGGAGGCUAUUAUGGCUUGAAGCGCGACUCCUGCGUCACCGACUGCACCCAGCUGUCUAUGGAAUCCGGCGAGACGGGCACCCAGCACACCAACAGCACCAUGGUGACCCACACCACCACCAGCUUUAGCUUUACGGAGCCGGAAAUGGAGCCAGAGGCCGGACAGCCGCAAUCGCGGCGCCAGCGCCGCCAUGCCAUCAACAUCACCUCCAAUCCCGGUUACCAGGUGCUCCACAGCUCCCACUCCACGCUGGAUCGCACCUGUUCCGACAGCGUGGUCUCACUGCGCUACCGCAAAUCCACUAGUGACCUGACCCAAGAUGCCGACCACGAGCUAAGUGGCUGCAAGCCCAGCAAGCCGAAGGCCCAUGUGGAGCACAAGCCGCGACGCAGGGGCAGCUCCAAAGGCGGACUGGCCUAUCUGGCCAGCCGGCGCAGUUCCCGGGAGUCGAUGAAGAGCGCCUGCUCCAAUGCCUCCAUCGUUUCCAACGACGAUGUGGGCCCACUGGCCUUCCAGAGCUCCAAUCGCGGUCGCCAGCGCAGAACAUCGAACUUCCUCGAGUUGCCGGUUCCCGACCAUAUUCGUCCGCGAGUCUGUUCCCUUCCGGAGCGGCCGUACAAUCCGCGGGCCAGUGAUGACCUGUACCGCCUGCGCCACUUCUCCAUCAGCAAGGGCAACGUGGUCAACUGCGGCGACUCGAUAAUCUCGCGGAGAUCGCGGAGCAACACCAGCGUCAACUCGACGAACAGCCGGGCCAGCGAACGUUCCCCCUUCGAGGGCAGCUGUUGCGGAGCGGGCUAUGCCAAUGUGGACUCGCUGCCGGCGACACCGGACGACUCGGAGAAUCUGGAUCCACCUCCGCCGGCCCGCUACCGCGUCGUGAUGCUGGGCGAUGCCGGCGUGGGCAAGACGGCGCUGGUCAAUCAGUUCAUGACCUCGGAGUACAUGCACACCUAUGACGCCAGCCUGGACGACGAGUUCGGCGAGAAGACGGUGAGCGUGCUGCUGGACGAUGAGGAAUCGGACAUGGUCUUCAUCGACCAUCCCAGCGUCGAGAUGAGCGUGGAGAACUCCCUCUCCACAUACGAGCCGCACGGCUGUGUCGUGGUCUUCUCGGUGGUGGACCGCAGCUCCUUCCGCGUGGCCGAGGAAAUCAUCAAUUACCUGUGGCAGGAGAACUACACCAAGGACAAGGCCGUCAUCCUGGUGGGCAACAAGGCGGAUCUGGCCCGCGCCCGGCUCAUCACAUCACAGGAGGGCAAAGCCCUGGCCGCCUCACGCGAUGCCAAAUUUAUUGAGACGUCCAGCGGCAUACAGCACAACGUGGAUGAGCUGCUCGUCGGCAUAUUGAAGCAGAUGCGGCUGAAGGAGAAGCGGGAGAAGAAGGCCACCGCCUCGAAGAUGAAGACCUCGCGCACCCACAUAUCGCUGCACCUGGCCAAGGAGCUGCUGCAGAAGAUCUGCCUCAGCGACAUCUCCAAGUCGAAGAGCUGCGAGAAUCUGCAUGUGCUAUAGAGAUGUCCCCCAGGCGAACCCAAUCACAUGUGCUGAGCCAACCUCGAUGUCUUCGUUUUAUCGCCCGGCAUUCCUGGGCGAAAUUAUGCCACAAAACUGUAUACAAAGGAGAAUUUUAUCAAAAGCGGCUGCGGGUUGCGGGGCUGCGGCCAAAUAUUCCACAUGCCAUUCAGAUGGAACCGCAGAAAGGGGGCGGGGAUGUGUUCAUCUCCUUUGUUUGUCAAAUGGGGCUCCGUUUAUUAAAUGCUUAAUGCGGGUCUGGCUUUUCGGCAAGUCAUUGGCUGUGGUCAGGCCUCCGGAUUCGGCGAUAGGCGGCGUGUUUAUGGCGGAUGUUUUGGAUCGGCUUAUCGGUGCCAGACGCUCCUCCAACUGGGCGACGAAGGCCAGAUUGAUAAGCCCCGAUCCAAUGAUCCAAUGAUCCAUUGAUCCAACGACCCAGCGAGGCGUGUGCAGCCUUCGACCCGAAAAGAAAUAAAUAAGCCCGAUGAAGUGGGAGAAGCCGUA